AAAAUCUGGGUCCAUCCCGCAGCGAGAAAGUUGAGAGCGGCGAGACAGACCUAAGAAGACGGCGUGACGUUCGACCCAGACGAAGAUAUUCGCGAUGCCUCCCCGGAUACCCGCCCCGCAGGGGCUACGGAGCCUUACGCGUGAGAUUGACCAUUUUUGGUGCUCCCCGGCGAAGCAAAGUAGCUGACAGAUGCGCCGUAGUAUGCAUGCGUCCGGCUCCGACCCCGACCCCCAGCCUGCUUCCUCUGGUCCAGACGGCCAACAUCUCGAUGAGGGACAAGAAGAAGCGUAUGAAGCGGGACCCCUACGGCUGGGCCCAGGCUCAGCAGCGCAAGAACGCCCAUCUCGAGCGGCGCGCCGUGAUCGAUAGCGAGCGCAAGGUCAGCCAGGGUGACGCCGUGCACGGCAUCACGACGCCCUUCGUCGAGUCGUUCGACACCGCCGGGCAGGAAGCCGUUUCACCGGAGGACCCAGAGACCGGGGAGACCCGGCCGCUCCCGACCUCGCCGCACAUCAUCAACAACCUGCUCACCAAAGAGGAGCUGGAGAAGGCGAUCGAGCACGCGCGGCGGGUGACGACGCCGCUGUCGGGCGCUGAGAGCCCCGCACCAGACCCGACGACGGAGGCGAUAGAGCUGGAGGAGCACGCGGCGAAGCACGCCAAGGCGAUGGAGGCGCUGAAGCGCAUCACAGACCUCAAGAACGCCAACGCCAAGGACCGGCGGCACGCCAACAUCCAGCGCUGCAUCGAGAAGUUCGGCCGGCACGUCACGGACGAGUCCCUCGACAACCCCGCGCCGCCGCCGGGACGCAACCACGAGCCGCAGCCGAAGCCCGUCCGUGCCGGGCCCGACACCGGGAGCAGCGAGGUGCAGAUCGCCAUCCUGACCGCUAAGAUCAGGGCUCUCGCUCUGGCGUUGGAGGGUCCCAAGGGGCACAGGGACAAGAACAACAAGAGGAGUUUGCGGCUGCUCUGCCACAAGCGGCAGAGGCUGUUGCGGUAUCUGGAGAGGAAGGAGCGGGGUAGCGGGAGGUGGCAACAUCUGGUCGAGACGCUGGGUCUCACCGAGGCGACAUACAAGGACCAGAUCUCACUUUAAUAUCCUGCCCGAUGGGCAGAGGGAGGGAGAGCUU